AUGACAGCAGCGACGACCGCCGCGGGCCAGCUCUUUGUGCCUUUCUACGGGACAAGUGCCAAUGGAUUCAAUCAGCCUCCCAGGGGAUGGAAUUCUUAUGGUAUGCAAUCUCGGGCAGGCACAUCCUUUACGCUGAAUCAGGCGGACGUUCAAAGCCAAUGCGAUCUUCUAAAUGCCACGGCGGGAUACACGCUGUGCAGCCUGGAUUCGGGCUGGUCGGCGGAUGGAGGAGACCAAUUUGGUCGUCUUGUGCCAAACACCUCUCUUUUUCCAAACCUGACAGCCUUGGCAAAUAACCUGCACUCUCAGGGCAAGCUUCUUGGAAUCUACGCGCUUCCAGGGGCGCUGUCCGCCGACGCUGGCGUUACUGUUGAAGGAACCAACAUCAAAUUGGGAAGCUUGUUUGACACGAGCCAGCCGAGCUACAACCUGAGGCAGACUUUUGACUUCAGCAAAGACGGUGUCCAGCAAUGGCAUAACUCCGUUGUCAACAACUGGGCCUCAAUGGGAGUGGACUACAUCAAGCUAGAUUACAUGACACCGGGUAGCCCAGAUGCUAACGAAGAUCUGCCUGCCAAUAACUCUUUGGCCGCAGUGGCGUACCAUAAGGCAAUUCAGCAAGCCAGUCGACCGAUGCGGUUGGAUCUCUCGUGGAAGCUUGAUCGGAACUCAGCAGCAGAUUUCUUCCUGUGGCGCGGCAAUGCUGAUGGAUUGCGCCUGGACCAAGAUAUCAAUAAUGCCAAUCAAGGCAUGUUCUUGGGAUUCAAUACAGUGCAGCGAGCCAUAGAACAGUACCGAAGCUUCAUUAACCAGCAAGAAGAAGAUCCAGCACGCCAGGGUACCCCGAUAAUGAUCCGUCCAGACAUGGACAAUAUGUACACUGGUAACGCCCAAUCACUCACGGGCCUCUCAGACGUACAAAGAUACACGGUUGCAAUCCAUUGGGUUGGAGCAGGCGCAAAUCUAAUCACCGGCUCGGAUUUAUCACAGCUUGACACCCUUGGGCGAGAGCUCCUUUACGAUUCCGAGUUUCUGUCUGUCGCUGAUUUCACAGCUCAGUAUCCGAUGCAACCAAAGAACCCUUUCGGAACGGCAAGUCCGGGAUCACAGGCGUCCGAACAGCUUCAGGCAUGGAUUGCUGGGCCGAACACGGAUAAUAAAAAUGCUGUGGUUGUUCUCGCGAACUACGGCCCGGAUCUAGGACAAGGUGGUUUUGGUGGAAAUCUUCAAGGGGUUCAACUGGUGAAUAUCUCAUUGUCGCUGCUCGGGAUAGCAGAAGAUCAACCCAACGGGGCACCAGGCUGGAGUGUUCGUAGGGUACUCGGAGGUGGCGGCUCCGGCGGCGGAGAUCACAGUGACCUUGGAAUUACCAGGUCUUCCAUUGCAUCGUUCUUGGGCCCCGGCGAGAGCGUACUCUACUAUCUCACAGCUUCUAACUAA